UAUUGUCCUCUAGAUGGCGGUAGUGCUGAGCACACAGUUAGCAGAGGCAUUAUCCGAGUAAAAGCUCAGAGCAAGGAAAACUCGUGUGGAGGUUCAGUGCUGAAGAAAUCACGACAACACACUCCAGCUUUUAUAUUGAACCUUCUGCUGCCAGACUGUUUAUCUGACGGACACUUCAGCUGCUUGCCUUUAUUCAGUAUAUAUUGGGGCUCAACUGUAAAUUCCUCUACAGAAGCGAUCAGGAACGCUGGACUUUGUUAUUUCAGCUGAUAUUUCAUACAUAAACAGGCUUAAUGGAGGAGACACAGCAUCAUGUCAAACCGAGAGAAGCUGACUCACUGAAGAGAAAAAACAAAAAACGUGUCUCCUGCACUCAGUGUGGGAAGAGUCUGGCAGACAAAGACAGUCUCAGGAAUCACAUGAGGAUCCACACCGGAGAGAAACCAUUCACUUGCUCUCAGUGUGGGACGAGUUUCAGAAACUCAGGAAACUUUAAUAAACACAUGUUGAUCCACACUGGAGAGAAAACACACAAGUGUGAUCAAUGCAGCAAAACAUUUUUGAGGUCUAUGGGGCUGAAGAGGCAUCUUAAAGUUCACGCAGAGGAGAAGCCUUAUUCAUGCUCUGUGUGUGCAAACUGUUUCUCAGAUCAAGGUAGUUUAAGAAGACAUGAGAAGAUCCACUCCGGUGUGAGAGAGUACAUGUGCUUUGAGUGCGAGAAGACCUUUCGCACGGCUGAAAAAUUGAAAACACAUGAGAGGAUUCACACUGGAGAGAAACCGUACAUAUGUUCAUACUGCAACAAGAGUUUCAGUCGUUCAGGACAUCUAAAAAGACAUGAGAGGAUUCACACUGGAGAGAAACCGUACAUGUGUUCACACUGCGACAAGAAGUUUAGUCAGUCAGUACAACUGAAAAUACACCAGAGGAUUCACACUGGAGAGAAACCAGAGGCAUGAGAUCAGUGUCUAGAGUUUUACACAUUGGUUGCAUCUUAAAGGGCCAUGAAACCCCCUUGUUUCAGCAGGGUGUUUUCACACCUCUACUUUGGAAAAAGUCAGAAAAGUGGGCGUGUCCAGCUCUGUUUA